CGCUCUAGCGCCGCGCGGCUCCUUUGCGGCUCCAGCUGUGGCGGCGGCGCGUCGGUCUCCUCAGCCGUGGCUGGGUGGGGGAGGGGCCCGGGCUGAAGGGGCAGCGGCGUGGCGGCAGUGACUGGGAUCUGGGAAGGCUCUACUUUUAAGAACAUCUUCCAUGGACAAGAAGACAUCUUGCAGCUUUCGGCGGUGGAUGGGAUCGAGGAGCCUUGGAAGGAGUUUUGCCACAAUUUCCACGAGACAACCAGGGCUGGCUCUUGUGCCCCAGGGGCAAGGGCGCUAGUUUUGCAGGGUGCCAGCUCUUCCGCCAAUGCAGGGCAAGAGAAGGAGCGCACCUCGUUCUUGCAAAGAGACGUUGGGUACUUCCGAAAACUCAAACAAGACUUCUCUUCCCAGCAUUUGGGGAGCUGUUCCCUGCCCUGCCAGUGGCUUGUGCAGUGACCCAUUGCGUAACCCUCUCGCCCCUAGCCAGUCUUCCCAGUUUCUGUUUGUGCCUCUUUCCAGGGUAGAUCAUGGGGGUCCUUGGCCACCCCAAGCCCACCGGAGGAAGGGUGUGAACUCUAAAAUGGCCCCUGUGACAGGCCAGAGACCUGCUGCACACUCAAAGUUGUUGUUGGUUGACAGGGGAAAGGACUGACUGACUGACUGCCUGCCCAGGGCAGCUUCUUUCUGCCUGUCGGGAAUUUGCAGGGCACUGGCCUAGCCUGCCUCCUUCCCCUUCAUCAUGUUCCUGUUGCUGCCUGUUGACAGUUUGGUCGUUAACCUGUUGGGCCUUUCCCUGACCGUCCUCUUCACUUUGCUUCUGGUCUUCAUCAUUGUGCCAGCCAUCUUUGGCGUUUCCUUUGGCAUCCGCCGUCUCUACAUGAAAAGUCUUCUGCAGAUCUUCCAGUGGGCAACCUUAAGGAUUGAGCGUGGCGCCAAAGAGAAGAACCACACCGUCUAUAAGCCCUACGUCAACGGAAUCAUUGCCAAAGAGCCCACUUCGUUGGAAGAGGAGAUCAAAGAGAACCGUAAGAGCUCCAGCAACAAGACCCUGGAUGCCCCCGAGUUUGAGCUCUCCGACAUCUUCUACUUCUGCCGCAAAGGCGUGGAGAGCAUUAUGGACGACGAGGUGACCAAGCGCUUCUCCGCAGAGGAGCUGGAGUCCUGGAACCUGCUGAGCAGAACCAACUACAACUUCCACUACAUCAGCCUGCGCCUCACCAUCCUGUGGGGGGUGGGCUUCGUGGUCCGCUACUGCUUCCUGCUGCCACUCAGGGUUGCCCUGGCUUUUACUGGUAUUAGCCUUUUGGUGUCGGGCACUACCCUGGUGGGUUUGUUACCCAAUGGAAGGCACAAAGAAUUCCUCAGCAAGCACGUGCACCUGAUGUGCUACCGGAUCUGUAUACGAGCCCUUACAGCUAUUAUCACCUAUCAUCACAGGGAAAACAGGCCCCGCAACGGAGGGAUCUGUGUGGCUAACCAUACAUCUCCAAUUGAUGUCAUCAUUCUGGCCAGCGAUGGCUACUAUGCAAUGGUGGGCCAAGUCCACGGAGGGCUCAUGGGCGUCAUACAGAGGGCCAUGGUGAAGGCUUGUCCUCAUGUCUGGUUUGAGCGGUCUGAGGUCAAAGAUCGCCAUUUAGUGGCCAAGAGGCUAACAGAACAUGCUAAUGACAAAAGUAAACUGCCCGUCCUUAUUUUCCCUGAAGGCACAUGUAUUAACAACACUUCGGUGAUGAUGUUUAAGAAAGGAAGUUUUGAGAUCGACGCUACAGUUUAUCCUGUUGCCAUCAAGUAUGACCCUCAAUUUGGAGACGCCUUUUUUAACAGCAGCAAAUACGGCAUGGUGAACUAUCUGCUCAGGAUGAUGACUAGCUGGGCAAUUGUCUGCAGUGUCUGGUACCUGCCUCCAAUGACCAGGCAGCCUUCUGAAGAUGCCGUGCAGUUUGCCAACCGGGUAAAAUCUGCCAUCGCCAGACAGGGAGGCCUGGUGGAUCUCUUAUGGGACGGGGGCCUGAAGAGGGAAAAGGUGAAGGACGCCUUCAAGGAGGAGCAGCAGAAGCUCUACAGCAAGAUGAUCGUGGGGAAUCAUGAGGACCGGAGCCGCUCCUGAGCUUCCAGGGAUGGGAAUCCGGGGAGGGGAAUCCCUGACAGCACUGACUGCCUAAGAACAAUCUCGGGUCUCGGGACGCCUCAGUGACCGGCGGCAGCAGCAUUUCAAGCUUUGGGAGGGCGGGGUUCCUCAUUCACUAGCGCCUCCCCACCCUCCCCUCCCCUUCCCAUGGUGCUGCUGCCUUGCGCCCAGAAGGAAAGAGACCUUGUGUCCUAAGUUCUCCAGCUCAAGCCCGGGAGCGGCAACGGAGAGAGUUUGGCCACCGCUGGCAAGACGCAGCGCUGGCCCAUCGUUUGCCGGGAUCGGCUGAAGUCCACCUGGGUCCCCCCCACCCCACCCCAGGGGACGGGCCGGCGGGACCUCUGCCGCCAAACGAGAGAUUCCCCCCUCCCCCCUCUUCCUGUGGGGAGCGCUGCAGAGGGCGGGCCGACGCCUCCUUGCCACUCCCGCCCUCCUGUCUCCCCUCUCCAGAAAAGCCGAAUGCAGCUGCCGCAUGGGCUCCACCCCACCCCACGCCCCACCCCCCUCUGCAUUUUGUAUUAAAUAAUGUUGAAG